GCAGGGCUGGAGGAGGUCAGACACGACUCAGACGCUUCUUCUCACCUGAGGCAGAGAGGCAGAAGAUGAUGCUGAAAGCUCAGAGAUACCAGAUCUCCAUCAGCCUGGUAGUGCUGAUGGUGUUAACACUCACACACUGCCAGGAGAAUGAGAGGCGGGCAGUAACAGAGCACCAGCUGAUGCAUGACCGUGGCCGCUCCAUCCAGAGUCUGAAGAGACUGAUCUGGCUGUCCAGCGCUAUCGAGGGUCUACACACGGCUCACACUCGCACACCGACAGUGGACGGCCAGCAGCCUGCAGACAGCAGCAUCCACAGGGGGGCGCUUGAGCUGCUGCUGAGCGAUAUGUACAGGCCAUACCUCACCACUGGUAUGGGGGAUGGAGAAAAAUAACCCCAACUACAACAAAUACCCUCUGAAUAUCUAAAUAAACACCCCAAACACCCUCCCUGAUUGACCUACCCAGGCCCCCCCUCACAGCUACUGUUGUGAGGUUGGACAAGCUGCACAGAUUUUUACCAGCGUUCUGUAAAGUUUGCCCAACCUCACGACGGUGGCUAUGAAAGAACACAUUAGUGGGCGGAGCCUGGAGAGGGCAGUUUCCCCUUUUUCAGUGUUUUUCUGUUUCGCAAUAUACGACUGAAAAAGUCGGCACGACUGCAGAUGCGUAAAUGUACAAAAAGCUGCUCAUACUUGCGAUAUAAACUCCAUCCAUCUUCUGCUCGAAUACAGCACCAGUCCGAAGUUUGGACUCUGGUUCUGGACCAGAUUACAGAUCUAAACCAUCGUUUUAAUAGUAAAACUAAAAAACUCCCUCAGGAGCAGGUGUGUCCAAACUCACUGGGACGCUAUGUGAUCAUCUAGCUUUGCGUUGAAACCCUGGUGCUGUGAAUUUGUCUGCUGACCUGUUGUAAAUUCCCAGUGUAGAUAUUAAAUUACUUAUAUAUUUAUUUAUUUAUUGAUCUGCCAUGUGUGUGCACGAGAAAAUGAAUAAACUGCUUUUGUUUA